GUCCGACUCACAGGUGCUCCUCUGCCGCCGCUCUGCUCUUGAACUGGCACCUGCCGUUAUAUUUGCUCGAAAACUAAAAGUUCAGAGUCGAUUGCUGGGAGAGAAUUUUCUCAAACACACAGGGAUUACCGCGGUUUACAGCUACAUCAAGGAUGUGCGGUAUGGAUGUGGACCUGGACGACGGCGGUUCUGCCGAGGAGGAGAAAGAGGAAGAUUUCUGGAUCGGAGAGGGCGUGAAGAUGCUCCCCCCGCCUGUGGCUCACAGCGGGGGCAGCGUUUGGGGCAGCCGUAGGGGCAGGUGUGGCUGUGUGGCCUGCGGGGCGGCUCUCAUCCUCUGGAACCUGUGCGUGGUCUUAGCCAGCGCUCUGCUCCUGGCUGUGGUCUUCUCUGUGGUGCUCCUACCUGCAGGGCUGCUGCUGUAUGCUGGUUUCCUCUGCCACUCCAGGGUCCUUGAUGCACCCUCUGCCAUCUGCCAUUAUCUCGAUGACAACAGCUGCUCUGCCCUCAUCAUCCUGGGCUUUGUGAUGAUGUCUCCGCUCGUGGUCGUGGCGGCGGCAGUUUUCUGCGGGCUGCUCCGAAAGUUUCGACUCCUGCUUUUCAUUCAGCCAAUCAAGCGCGCCUGGUACAGAGGGAGGCUGCUAGACUGGGCGGGCAGCAUCCACGCCUGGGUUUGAUCACAACAGAGAAGGUGGUGCUGAGGGUCACAGUGAUUGGAAAGAUUGAUUUGUGCAAGACGAACCUGAGGGUUACAGAUGUUUUGCAAAAAUAGAAACAUCAUUAUAGUCGAUAAGACAGUCAUACAGCUAAUAUUUACGUUGUCAAUGGUUGUAAAAACGUUUGACAUUUUUAGAAAUAUUCAAGUCCUCUUUCCUCCUGUUAAUUUUGGUGAGAAGAUCAAUAUCACCCUCAUGUCUGUGUGGUGAAAUUGAAGCUGCAAAGACCAGAUAAUUAACUUAGAAUGGGAUAAAGACUGAAAACUUAGAUUCAGGGUGAAACCCAAAACACAUACAUUAAUAUAAACCAUCUAAAAAGAUAUUCCAGAGCUUUAGAGGUGACAGUAGGAGGAUUAAAUUAGCCUUUCCAGCUAGAUGUUGCUGGGAUUUGUGCUUAUCAAACAGUCAUCUGCCUUCAGCCUCUUCUUUGAGAGUGCAGUCACCUCUCACUGAUCUCUCAGACAGAAUACAAAAGUGUAGCUUCUAAAAUGUCAAACUGUUCUUUCAAGACCAAGACCUGUUUUAUUGUGUCACAUAUUUCUUUUUAUUAAUUUGGCUACUCGCGGCCCAUUUUGGGUAAUUUUGUGAAUUGUUUUUUUUUUUUUUUUUUUUGAAAAUGACCCUAUGAGGGUUUGUUGGGUUUGUGUGGCUUUUACACAGAAACAGACCGGUUUUCUUAGAUAUGUAGUGCCAUCUUACAAGAAUCUUAAAGCAAAACACAUUAUGGGCUCAUUAUUUAAGUAAACCAGAUGCAUAUUAGAACAGACGAGAAAAAAAACAUGCAAACUUCUUGGAGAGUGAAGGAUACCUGCUACCUAACUAUGAUUUUGUACAAAAACUCAUAUUGUUGUGAUUUUGUAUUGCCUGUUUGCUAACUACAUGGAUGUGUUUAAAUGUGAGACCUCAGAAAUGUGAAUGUAUUUGUGGUUACACUUAAGAACUCUCUAAAUAAGAAAAACAGUUUUUUCAAGCAUGCGAUUAAAACCCCGUCCACACUGGGAACAAUUUGUUCGUUUCACUCCCGGCUUUGUCUCUGACAGUUGGUCACUAGCGGACAUUCCAGGUUGCCUAGGUUACCCUCUAAUGUACAGUGUUGUGCAAAAGUCUUGGCCCACCCUUCAUUUCUUUAUGU